UAAUUGUCUUUGUUUAUAUGUUAUAGAAAUGUUUUUAUAAGGCAGUUGGACACUUUCUGUCUAAGGAGAUAUUAACCCUGACAUUCGUUGGUCAGUGGGAUAACAAUAUUUUUUUAAGGAUGAAUGGUUUUUAUUACAACAUUGAUAUAUUGUGGUUAUCUGGUAUUUGCUAAUAGAGUUAUCAAGUUGGCUGGAGUUUUAAAAAGGCUUGUAUGCUAAUCAGAGGAAAGUUUACAUAACAGGACAAAAACCUUUUAAUCCAUGGCUCAAUGACCUAACGUUAUUGUGACCAUAGGUGGAUUUACAAUAAUAAACAUUUUGUUGACAUAACUGACACGGUUUCGAUUUGCUUGAUUCUGUCUGUUAAAGUGGACAAUAACAAAAUUUAAGAUUUUAUUUGGUGAAAAAUAAAGAUUUCAAGAUGCCAGCGGAAACAUUGGAUAAUGGGAUUUACAUGAUUCCUGAGAUCGAAUCAGGACCAGAUGAUUUUAAUGUUGACUAUGACCCUACAGAGGUUCAGAGAAGACACCAUUCCAGACGUGAAUUACGACAUGCCAUGUCAGAGAUUUUACCCAAUGACUUUCAAUUUGCUGCUCAGAGAAAACGAAGUCAAACAAUGGAGAUAGCAAAGGAACAUGCAUAUUCAAGACUUCAGUCCGAACUCAACAAAGCUCAGGAGGAACUUAAAUUGAAAGAUGAAGAAUGUGACAAAUUAUUGAAAGUGCGAGAUCAGAUGGGGGAGGAGUUAGAGGAUUUAACAGCAAGUCUUUUUGAGGAGGCCAACAACAUGGUGCAAGAUGCUAACAUUAAAAGAAUGCAUUCAGAGAAAAUAUUAAAGGAAGCAAAUGAACAGAUUGAUGUAUUGCAAGCAGAAUUAAAGGCAUUAAAACAGUUGGUCUUGACAUCAACUCCAAGUUCCCCAAACAAACAUCUACAUCCGCAGAUUGAUUCAAAAAUAGAAAUGCGGAAGAAGGAAGAGAGUAAGAAACCAUUUUGGAAAACACAUCGACGAUCUACCAGUCACCAUGAGUUCACAAAAGAGGCUCGAGAAGGGGCAAUGGCAGAACAAGAUGCUAAAACAGACAGGUGUAAUGAGAUUGACCAAGUAUGUUUUGAUGAGUUUUGUGCCUGGAGACAAUCACCCCUAAUGGAAAGGAAAGAUGGAUACUUGCCAAGGGUUUAUAUGGAAGAUAUUUUACCAUGUUUAAAUUUUGCAAAUUCAAAGUUAUCACAACGAGUACAGGAAUGUGUAGGAAACAAUUCCUUAGCAAUAGAACCAAUCCCAGGAGACACUUCAUAUCCACGCAAGUGUAGAUUAACCGAAAAUAAUAAACUAUGUAACUACAAAAUUAGAUUAGGCGAUGAUCCUGAGUGGUAUUCUAUAUCUCAGCUGUGUAGAAAUAGGAUUGCAGCUGUGUGUGAUUAUUAUACUUAUAUUAGAUAUAUACAACAAGGUUUAGUUAAAAGUGAAGACAAGGAAGUAUUUUAUGAAUUGGUAAGAUUGCGGAAAAAGAUGGCUUUAACGAGACUUGGAUAUUCCUGAAAAUGCUGACGUGUAGUGGCUUCAAUCAAAAAUCUUGCCAGUAGAGAAAGAAAGAAAACAGUAUUAAAUAAAUAAUGUGGCUAAAUUACACCAAUGUGAGGUCGAAGAGAAAAUAAGGAAUUUUAAGAAUUAGAAUGAAGGAAUUCUCCACAAAGUGAUAUAUUCGCUAUUCAAGCCAGUAGACAUCUUUAUUGGUGCAAAUGAAUAUCUGCUUUCAGGCAUUUAAUUUGUGUUUUUAAAUCAAUUGUGAAAAUACGUAGUUCAUUCUCAUGUGUAUUUUAAAUGUCUUAAUGAUAUGUCUCUGUGCAAUGUGUUGUAUUGUUUUAUUUGUCUAUAACUUACAUUUUAUGGUAUUGGAAAUUUGUGUAUUAUUCAAAAUCUUUUACCUAGGAAGGAAAUUGGUUUAUAAUUUAAAAUCUAAGCUGAGCUGUUCAAGGUUGACACUGAUCCUUUCUAGGUAAAUUCUUGAAAGUUCACUUGUAAAUGAAAUUUAUAUUCAUGGCCUUAAAAAUACUUGGAAAGUUCAAGAAUUUCACCAAAUUGAUAACUUGGAAAGAUGAUAAAUUUAAUUUUAAUACUCGUCUUUAUCUGUUGAAAUUAGACUUGAAAUGGAAUAUCUGCAAUUAAUUUUUGAAUCCCCUGGGACUCAAGAUUGAUCUUUUGUGUAAGUAUUUUUGAAACUCAAUACGUAAAUGUGUGCAAUAUUUGUAACGGUAUACAGUGUAUGUGAAAAAGUGAAAAAUCACAAGAAAAUGAUUUGGUUAAGAGUAAAAUCACCUAUCUUUGACAUGAAAAAUGAAACGUAUCACAUGUUUACACUCUUGUAUAAUCAGAUAUUGACUUAAAAGGACUAUUCCAUUAAAACAAAUGUGGGAGGGUAGGAUGGGAUGUCCAAAAUUCCCACACAAGCAACAUUCUGUCUUCGAGUAGCUUUGCUUAUAUGAGGGUCUCAAUUGGGGGUCCUUCAUUUCUUGAAUCUUUCAUUUUUUAGACUAUUUUUCUCUAUUACUUUUUUAUUUUGCCCAUUAUUCUCUAUUCUUUAUAUUUCAACACCUCCUUAUUCUCUAUUAUUUAUUUUUUGGCCUAUUUUUUGUCUAUUCUUAUUUUUUAGCCAUUCAUUCUGCACUAUUUGCCCAUAAUUCUGUAUUCGGUAAACCUUAUCUAGACCAGCUCAUAUCAAAUUGACAAACAACUUUAAAUGACCAACAACCAUGACCCAUGCCACUUAUUCAUUAAAUUUCCCUUGCUACCCAACCACAUGCAAUUUAUUGGAAUAGCCCUAACUUGACUUUGAAAUCAGAACUCUACAACAAAGUAAUUCAAGCCUGCAUAAUUACAAUCAGGGAAAACUGUAUAAAAAAUAGUUAUCAGGUAUACACAGAUCAUUUUAUUGUGAAAUAUUUUUAUGAUUUUGUAUUGUUUAUUUUAAAACUUUUAAAAAUGUCAUUGAGGAACUUCAAGACAACUGUUUAAUUUUUUAGGAAUAUUUUUAUGAAAAAAACUAAUUUUGUAUUAUUUUUUUUUUUAACUUUUGAAAAUAUCAUUGAAGAACUACAAGACAACUGUAAUUUUUUUGUCUUUGGUAAGUUAUAACCAUAACAUAGUGCCAACAUAUGUAUGCAAUAGUAAAACUUUAGAAAGUUGUGUGUUUGUGUGUCGGUUAUCUUGUAUUUAUUUGUAAUUACAUUCAUGGAUAAGUUUGUAUUUAAAAUAAUUUUAUACCUUUCAAACUAUAAAGAUAAUUUAGGCUUUACAAGAUAGAAAACAUGUCAUUUUUUUUAUGUUAGUUUUUCUCAAUUUACCAGUUUUUCAAGGCUCUUUUUUAGUAAGUUAAAAAUAAAAGAUUCCAAAAUUUUUAUUUAAAUGAAAAAAUUAGUUUUUAUUGGGUAAAGAUUGCAUGAAAUGCAACCAAAACCCAUUGGUACUGACUUGAUAUCUAAAUCUUCCUAGGUUUAUCACUACUUUUGACAUACACAAAAUAUAGUGCAUUGAUCAUAACAUUCUAAACAUCCUAGCCAUGAACAUUUCUAGAAAUUUAUCAAUGAAUAUUCAAGUUACAAUGUGAUGUUAUAUUUUUCAAGAAAAUUACAUAAUGUGUGCAAAGUGCAGGGAUCUUAUAUCUGUUCUAAAAACAUCAAUGAAGUCAUUGUUUAAGUAAUCUUUAAAAUUGGAGUUAUCUUCCUUUGUCCAUAAUCUACAACUAAUGCUUUAUACAAUGCAAUGUUUAAUUUUACUUCCCACUGAUAAAUUAAAGCAAUCUUUAUCCUUCAGUGCUUACAAGCACUUUGGUUUUAAAAUUAGAGUAGACGCAUGAAAUUUUAGACGGCAUUUAUAGAAAUCUUAGAUAUGGUUAAGGGAUUUUUAUGUUGAAGCAUUGUAGGGAUAAAGAGAGGCAUAACGAAGCACUACGAUAAAAGUGAUUUGAGGAAAUGCUCUAUAGUUGAGGGUCUGGAUGGGGUUUAUAGAAUAGAGAAUAAUGAGCUUAUGCUACAGAAAAAUGGGCUAAAAAUUAUAAAAAAGAAAAAUAGGCCCAAAAAAUCAAAAGAAUAAUGGGGUGUUAAAUAUAAAGAAUAAAGGGCAACACUUACAAAUAAUAAAGAAAAAUGGCUUAAAAUUAAAGAAUACAGAAAUGAAGGACCCCAUAUCUAGACCCUCAUAGUUUGGGACUAUGUACAAACAUGGGAGCACAGCAUUGAUUUUGCACAUUAAUAUAAGCUGUUUUUGAAAAAUACAUAAUUUUUUUUGUGUUCCAUACAUCCUUGUGCUGCGAGUUCUCAUUGUAAUUUAUUUGUGUAGGUUGUCAAAUAAGUUGUAUAUAUAUUAAUAUCAGUUGUAAUAUAUAAUGUACUUACGUAUGUGUAUACAUUUAUUUAAAAAACAUGUUGUAUUAUAGUUUACCUUGUUUUCGGGUAUCAGGAAAUUUUAAAAAUCAGGAUUUUUUUUAGGCUAUCUUUGAGUGUCAUAAUGGCAAUACAGCAAAAGAGUUUAUAUGUCUACUAUUGUAAUUGCUUGUUGUUAAUGUUUUCUAUAUUUUAAUGAAAGCUUUUUAAAAAAAAACCUUACCUGUUGCAGUCAAUGCUACCCAGUUGUGACCAUAGACAAAUGCAAUGUGAAAUACCUAUUAAAUUUGGACUGUUUCACUUGCAGAAUUUUUACUUGAACGCUAACUGUUUUAAACAAAAAGCUAAAUUUUCCACUGGCAAAAAAAUCUUUGGACAGAUGAGUUGUUUUUGCUGUUAAGGAUUUAAAAUUAUGUUGAAACUUUUAUGAAGGUCAACUUGUUAUUUGUAUUUGUUUAUUUUAUGUAAUGUUAAAGUUAAAAUUUUUGUUAAAUAAAUAAUUUUAUUGUUUUUAAAUCAAUUUCAAUUGUUGGGUUUUACAGACACAAAAAAUGUGCAUUCUCAUAUUUCAUUUAAAAAAUGUAAUCACUUGAUAAACCAUAAUCAGAGAAAUCAUGAUAACCUAAAUCAGACAUGUUAAUGUUAAUUGUUAAUGUUGUUAACAGGUUGUGAUUUUUCAAAGAUCAAAGGAAAUUCAGAAAACGUGUACUUUGUCUCAUUAAUACUCAUAUGUUAAAUUUUAUAAAAAGUUUAUUUGUAUUUUUAUAACACAUAGAUAAAUAUAUGCACAUAGAGGUUGUUACAUGAUAGCAUAUGUAUUAAAAUAUAGGUGCUUGUUUUAUGUAUAUAGCUUUACGUGUUGUGCUCAUACCAUAUUUUUAUGUCCAUUUUAAUUGCCGAGUCAUCAGUUUGUUGAAUUGAUAUGUCACAUUUGAACUGUUGAUAUAUUGACAUUCAAUUUUCUGGAAUAUGAAAUUCGCAGAAGAAUAUAUAACCAGCUUUUGUAAGGCCAUAAAGAAAAUAUUCUCAGAUUCUGUGAAGCUCAUUCAUAAUGAAAAUAUUCUAAGAUUCAGGGAAAAUAAUGAAGUAAAAAAAAUUAUCCACCGACUCCAUUUAUUUAAGAAGAUGCAUGAGGUCAUUACAUUCAUAGAGGUGUUAAAAAUUACAGCAGACGGGCAAUAUUUGGUCAUGAUUAAUCAAACUAUGUUAAUUAACAAAUUAUAAAUGAAAGAAUAUAGUAGAUGUUAAUAUUGCUCUUUUGUAUUUGAAAUUUGCUCUAAUUUUUAAGAAAUUAAUCUCACUGACAGAUUGAAAAUUGUUACAGAUGUGAAAAUGCUGGCCAUUGAAAAAAAAAUAAUUUGAAAAAUAUAACAGUGCUACCAUAAAUCUUAAAUCAUAAUUAUAAGCUUCAUGUCAUGUUUAUUUAAGACAGGGUUUUAUUGGCUUUUGAAUUUUUAUGUAUUUUUUUUUAUUUUAAGAACGAAAUUCUAUAAGUUUGCUUCAAUAGAACCUUGGAAAUUCAAAAUUUGUUUGUUUUUUAACAUUUUUUUUCUUUAUUUAAUCAAAUUCAGAAUAAAAUUUCCAUAUUUCAUUGACCUCAGUCAUUGACCCUGAGCUGGCUCUGGGUAACAUGUAUAUCACAUCCUAUAAGUGACAUUUUAAUAGUGUAUUCAGUUCUGUAUAUAGAUUUUUCACAUUUCAGGCAUGUUAAAAAUUUGCUUUAAGGCUAAAGUGAUCUGUUUGUCAUUACUAAUUUUCUUAUUGCGCAGUCAUUUAAAAAUUUUCCUGUAUUGUCCAAUCCAAUUGAUUGAUUUUGGUGUUUUAUCACAACUUUUUGCAUACUUGACCAUUUCAUGGUUGGUCAGUUUUUAUUGCUGGAGGAAGCCAUAGUAUCCAAAGGGAACCACCAAACCAUGGCAGGAAAACCAGCAAUCCGUGUCAAUUAACAAAUUCGGAGUAGAAAGCACCUUGCCACAAACAGGGUUUGAACUCACAACCGCAGUGUUGACCAGACUAAUGAUCACUGUAGAUUAACUACUUAGACCAUUGAGCAACCAAGGCCCCAUGUGUUAAAUAGAGAAUACCAUAUGGCUUUUUCAAUAUCACACUCGUAUCAACCUGAGACACCAAUAUAAUCCCAAGAGCUCUGCUCGAGGGAUGAUAUUGGUUGAGGGUUGAUAGGGUGUGUGAUAUUGAAAAAGCCAUAUCAUAUACACUUUAUUAUAUACUUCAAGUAGAUAUUUUCUCCUGUAAGUUGAUGUAAUACAGAUUAGGGGUUUGAUAAAGCCUUUACAAGCGUGACUGAUAUCAAUGAUGUGACGUCAUAGAGUUGAAGGGGUUUGAUUAAGCUUAUGUAACCGUGACUGAUAUCGAUAUCAUCAGGGAUGGUUGAUACAGCACGAUUGUCAUUGAUUGUAUUACACAUACAGUAUACAUGUAUUUACUACUAAGUAUAUAAUAAAGUCCAUUUAUUAUCACUUUUAUUGAGAAUCUGUAUUCUGAUUGAAGAAUACAUGUAUUUCCCGGGUUUUUUUCUUGGAAAAUUACUAAGGGUGAUCAUUGUGAUUUUUUAAAUUAACUUCAUAUAGGUUGACUGCAUUUGUACUAUGUAAGAAAAGAGAAUGACAUAUGAACUUAACUUCAAUAAUAUAUUUUUAAAACCGUCAGAAAAAUGUGCUCAAAUGAUUUUCUUAAAACUAGGAUGAUUGACUUUUGGUCCAUUUUAAUUGGGAUUUAUUAUUUAUGAUAUAGUUACUGUACAUUUUAUCAGUUGUUUUAUCAAGAUUUUGCAUCAGGUUGAAAAAAAAUAUGUUAGUGAAUAAUUUUUUAGUAUUCUUUUAUUGUCAGUUAACAUAUACAUUUUGCUGUCAAGAGGUCACCUUCUUGAAAGUAACAAUUUAUAAGAUACUAAGUGGCAUUGCAGAUUGUAAAAUUAGUAUUCGUUCAGAUUUAGUGUGAAGAGAAGAUAUAUGUUUUAUUUAUUCAUUUAUUUGAAAAAAAAAAGGUAAAUUAAUGAAAUGCUAUAAAGUUACAUUCAAGCCCACAUGAAUUAUUUCUAUUCUUAUAGGACAAAUAUGGCAUUUCUUUUGGAUUGAAACAGUCUAGGUAAAGACAAACAUUUGCCAUUCCCGUGAUUAAAUACACUAUUAAUAUUGACGUAAAAGAACGAAGAUAACUGAACUAGUGACAUGCUUAUACCAUUUACAAUAUCGUACUUAGAUAGGUUUGGAUCUCAGAAUUUAAAUGAAAUGAUAAUCUUACUUAAAAGUAAAAAAAAUGGCUUUUAACAAAUUUUAUCAUUGUUUGUUUAUGUUUCCUUGUUUUGAUGACUCAGUUUCACAACCGUGCAUUUCCCCGUAAAAUGCUAAUAUUCUUACAUUAUCGUUCAAUGACGUCAUUAACACCAAUUGACGUCGGGUAGCUCAUUCAUAAAAAUGCAUAUGAGGUGGGAGUACGAUUGGAACAGCCCAAACAAAUCAUGAGGUUGCCGAUCAGCUGAUAUACAAUAUAUUCAUAUUUUACCAUGGGUGUGUACUCAAAACGUUUGAUGAACAUCAUAUUAGAAUUUGAUUUGAACAUGCAAUUUUUUGUUCCUUAAUAUACUGAGUGUCUAUGGAAACACACCAACUUGUAUUUUAAAAUUAGAUGAAAAUAAAAGCUGCUUUGAAUGUUAAACAGUUUCUGUAAGAUUUUCUGAUUUUAUGGGAAAUAUGCAUACUGAACUUUCUUGGUAUUUUUUGUUCCAACAGUGCAUUCCUUUUUUAAAAUGGAAAUAUUAAUAAUUUCUAAAUUUUUUUUAACAAAAUAUUAAAAAAUUAUUUAUAUGUCAAUUUUUAACCUUAAUGAACCUCUUAAGCAACAAAUAUAACAUAGUGAUGUAGUUUGGUCCAGUGUGAUAACAUUUGGAUGAAAACUUCCAAGUUAUGAUUUUUGCCACUAUGAGACCACAUCAAAAACUUUUUCACAGUUAUAGAUAUGCAAGACCAAACUAUUUUAGUAACAUAAAGCCAAUUGUUUAAGGAAUGGCUCUUAAGAACUAUUUGUAUUUUAUUCUAUAAGAGACCAUAGGGGAUUGGAAUAAGACCUGUUUUGUUUCUGUAGGCACUUAGGUAUAUUUGUAUCUGAUGCUUCCAUACAACUUUAUAGUAUAGUAUUUACUGAAAAGAUGACUUAACAUUUUAUCAAAUACAUCAUAUGUUGUCCUCUUUUAAUUUUGAAAAUCUUUAAACAAUGGCCAUAUAUAUAUAUGUACAUAUUAUUCUAGAAUUGUUAAAUAGUGACUGAUGUGAUCUGGAGUGGGCAUUUAAAUAUGAAAUCUCCAAAUGAAUUUAGUGAUUAAAUCAUGUUUUACAAUUUAAA